AAAGUGUUUAUUAAUAUAAUUCGACCAUGGGAACACCAACGGAACGGGGAUCCAUUUGAGUAUUUGACCCCGAGACAGAGAGAGAGCCUCCGAGCAGAGCAGCUUUAUAACUCCCGGCUCUCCGUUUCCCUCUCGCCCGCUCCUCCAACCCCACGUACGGUAACGGAGCGGUAACCGACCCCGCCAGUCCCGGCUCCUCGCUGAUCAUCAGUUCACGCCGCCUGCGCGCGCUCCCGGGCGUCCAGCCGCCUCGCACGGACAAGGCAAGGCAAGGGUUGCGGCGCGGCGGUGGCAUGGGGAACGCUCUGGCCGGCAGGCGGCGCGCGGCGAAGGUGAUGACGGUGGACGGCGCCACGUUCCGGUACAAGACGCCCGCGGCGGCCGGCGCGGCGCUGCGCGGCCACCCGGGCCACCAGCUGCUGGAGUCGGAGGAGGUGCGGCGGCUCGGCGUCCGCGCCCGCCCGCUCGACCGCGACGCCGCGCUCAAGCCGGGCAAGCUCUACUUCCUCGUGCAUCUCCCGCCCGGCGGAGCCGGCGGGCGCGGCGGCGACGAGGGCCUGCGCGCGCCGCACAAGACGUGGUCCGGUGCGCUGCACGUGGGCGCCCGGGAGCGGCUGGAGAGCCUGAUGCUGUCGCGCCGCACCGUGUCGGACGUGGCGUCCCUGAUGCCCUCCGCCGGCGGGGAGUCGUCGUCCGUGGAGGCCGGCGCGGACGGCGCGGUGCGGCUGCGGAUGCGGCUGCCCAAGGCGGAGGUGGCGCGGCUGAUGAAGGAGAGCAGGGACCCCGCGGAGGCCGCCGAGCGGAUCAUGCAGCUCUGCGUCGCCAGGGACCAGGGGGGCGCCGCCCCCGCCGCCGCUGCCGCGCCGGCCAAGCCCGCCCCGCUGCCGGCCUCCGCGCUGUGCACCAACAAGACCGCCAUGAAGAAAGAGAAACGGACGAGGUUCAUGGCGGUGCCGGACGAGAUCAUCGGAUGACGAAGCGGGACGGGGUGCUUCAUGGCAUUCUUGCCUCUCUGUGAGCUCUGCGUUUUUGGCGGAAUUGCUGGGUUUGGAGCGUGAGAAGCUGCCGGGAAAUGUUGGCUUCCUAUCCUGUCUCCCCAGCGAAUUCUGGACUAGGAACGGUGCCCAUGAAGCGACGACCUUUCUCUCCCUCCCUGCCUUCCUCUUAUAUAUUGUAGCACUAGCAUGACGAGAAAGAACUCAAAAAAGAAGAAGAAAUCACUGUGCUUAGCUAGGCCGUGUAAAUAUUCCCGCUGCUUAAUCUAAUGACUCUGCGUGGCCA